AUGUCUUUUCGUUAUAUGCUCAAAGACUUUUCAGCAACAAUGCGACGAUGUAAUUCGUCGGCAUUACUUUAUACAUGUAUGACAACACGCAUAAAAUCUUCGUCCUUCUCGAUAAAUCCCUCGUUCCUUGGUAGCUCGCAUUCAAUUAGAAGAGUGAGUGCAUUCGCCAAAUUUGUAGAGACGUUUAAAACACAGCUAAAAAAGAACAAAGAAUUACAAGAAAAUGUAAAACUAUUACAAGAUCAAGCUGGUUCAUUGGGUGAAAAUGAAGCUAUGAAAAGAGCAAAACAGGUUUACGAAAAAGCAAAGGAAGGUGCCGGCACCACAACUAACAUUGGUUCUGAGGCAAUAAAACAAUCUGUUUCUGAAAUCAAAAAAUCCGCAGAAAAGAUUGGAUCCAAGGUUUCAGAGACAUUAAAAGAAGUCGGUGAAACUCCGUUCGUAAAACAGAGUACAGAAAAGAUUUCUGAUUUUGCAGAAAAAGUCUCUAGUACCACUGAACCGAUAAGACAAACUAAAGUAUAUAGUACAGUACGUGAUACUUUAAAAGAAACCGUGCCAGAUGACUCAUCGCGCUAUGGCGGGUUUACAGAUAAAGAAACACGACGGAAAUCACGAGAAGAAGCAUUCUCGGAUUUUGCCGAUGGUAAAAAAAAACGAAAAGUUCAAGAGGACCCAGAGGCAGGAUCCUCCGUAGUUCUGCAUAAAGAUUCAGCUUGGAAAGAAAGUUGGAAUAGGUUUAAGGAAACAAAUACUCUAAUGCAAGGCAUUUUCAGCUUAAGGCGUAAUUAUGAGGAUAGCGAUAAUAUUCUUAUUUCAUAUACACGUGCCAUUACAAGUCGAAUAUCGGACACAUUUAAUUCCUUCUUCGAAGAAACUGAAACUGCACAAGUAAUUUCACUACUAAAGAUGAUUAAUCCACAAUUCGAUCUUGAAACAUUUAUGAAAGAAGCGCGUACAUAUAUAAUUCCUGAAGUCAUGGAAGCUUAUCUCAAUUGUGAUGUCGAAACACUGCGAAUAUGGUGUUCUGAAGCUGCAUUUAAUGUCAUGACACAUGGCUUCCAAACUCAACAGCAAGAAGGAUUAGUUAGCGACAGUAAAAUACUUGAUUUAAGAAACCUAGAUUUGUAUGGGGCUAAAGUUUUGGACAAUGACAUACCAGUACUCAUGCUUCAUUAUAACACACAAGAAGUAAUAGUAUUUCGUGAUCGAAUAACAAAAGAACUCGUGUAUGGAAAAGAGGACGCUGUCGAGCAAUCUUCAUAUAUAUGUGCACUCACAAUGCAAGAAGAUCGAUUAACAGACCCGAUUACUAAUGGAUGGCGAGUUAUGGACAUGGCAAAAGCUAGUUCACAAAAGAUAUGGUAA